GGCACAUUCCGACAGCCCGGACUGGCGUCCCAGUAGGAUCACCCGGGCCGUGUCUGCGAUGUCCCAGGAGACAAGGUUCCAGACUUUUGUCUUUGUGGACCUGGAGGGGACGGGCCUGGAUCGGCCGCGGCUGACGGAGCUGUGCCUGACCGCGGUGCACCGCUAUUCCCUGGAGAACCCUCCCCAUCCUGCAGGGGGCGCCCCCGCGCUGCCCCGGGUCCUGGACAAGCUGUGCCUGUGUGCCUACCCCAACAAGCCGGUCUGCCCCCGCGCGGCCCGGCUCAGCGGGCUGAGCAACGAGAACCUGACGGAGAACGGGAAGCCGGGCUUCGACGGGGCGGCGGUCACCCUGAUCCGGGCCUUCCUGCAGAGGCAGGCUCCGCCCGUGUGCCUGGUGGCGCACUGCGGCUCCCGCUACGACUUCCCCCUCCUGCGGACCGAGCUGUGGCGCCUGGGCUCGGACCUGCCCGGCGGGCUCCACUGCGCCGACACCCACCUGGCGCUCCGGGAGCUCUUGGGCGCCCCCUGCAGGCCGGCGCCCUGCGGCUUCAGCCUGCCCGAGCUGUACCGCAGGUUUUACAGCCGCUAUCCCGCCGCGUCGCACACCGCGGAGGCCGACGCCCUCGCCCUGCUCUCCGUCUUCCUGGCCAAGGCGCCCGAGCUGCUGAGCUGGGCGGAUCUCAAUGCCCGCCCCUGGGACGAGGUCCAGCCCGCCUUCCAGCCGCCCGCGAAGAUUCCCAGGAGGGAGGUGGAGGAGAGAGAGGGCUGCGCGAGUCCGGCCCCCCCUGAAUAGAAACGGUGUUUGCUGGGAGUGGGACCGCGACGCGCGCACGCACACCACUUUGGUGCAGGAGCGCGAUUCUGCUCACCUGACCGCUCUGUGUUCGGGAAUGACGAGCGCUGUGGAGCGCUGGGAGCUUCCCAGGGCUUUGUUGACCUUUUUAGAAAUCUGUGCUUGGAGAUCGAUGGAGAUCUCGCAGCAGACGUGUCUUUUACAGCAGUUUCAAGAGAUGGAAUUCAGCUGUCAUGCAAAGCAAGCCACUUCCCCAGCUCCUGUACACCUCAGGGUCCAGAUCGUGAAGCUCAGGGGACUGUGUGUUUUAUUUGAUUAAAGGGAGGAAAUCCUAAAGCACAAAAAACAAAGGGAAAAUGUCAAAGUCCAUUUAGGGACUCUUAAAUUAGCAUUAUGUGUGAUCUCAUCCUACAGUUUUUUUAAUUAUGAAAUUUAUAUCCCUUCGGCGCCUAUACAAUGUGCAAGUGCUAUACUGGUACAAUAUUGUGUUGUAAUAUUUCUAUUUUGAAUGUGUACUCUUCAACGAAUGAUUUUAAGACUCCUGUGCUUUUAUGUUCUAAGAUUUUGCAGGAUUUAGUUUCAUAUUGUAAGAACUAAAACUGUAAACAUGAGACAAGAACCCUCCCAGUCCUGCCAGGCUUCUCAUUUUCUGAUCUAAUGUUUCUAAAAUACAAUAAUUUAUUUUA